AUGUAUUUAUUACUCCGUACCUUUACUGUACCCACGCCCUUAUGUAGCUACCAGUAUCCAGCUGGUAUCUGCAUUACGGAGUACGGAGUACGGAUUAUGCUAGCUGCUACAUUGCUAGAUUUGCGAUUGCUGGAUGGAACACUGUACUCCGUACUCCGUAGCUAA